AUGAAGGCCACCUUCUUCCUGACUAUCAUUCCCCUCAUUGCCAGCGUGGCAGCCAACCCGGUCCCAGAAGCCGAGCCCGAGGCUGCCCCUGUCGCACUGCCCAUGGCCGAGAGCGACUCUGGCCUCUCCAAGCGAGACAACUGGUGCACGCUCUAUCCUACUGUCGCUUCUGCUCCCUGCUAUUAUGGGCCUGGCACCAACGGCGUCCGCACCACCAUCACGCCCACCAGUGGUCGUUUUGGUGUGAAGUGCCUGGUCAACAACAAGUGGGACCAUAUCCCUGGCUGGGGCUGCUACGUUGACCGCAAGUAUACCAACACUGGCUGCGAGAGUGGCCUCAAGGCUUGCCCAUAA